AUGCUGGCUGCGGGCUCCACGGGGUCGGGACUGCACGGAUUCGGCAGCGUGAGCAACGGGGACGAUUUGAUCGACGCGGCGAUCAACAGCUCCGAGGGCAAUGACGGUUCGGCGCACAUGCAAUCGACGCGCGAGGGCGGACGCCCCCCGCGGCCGAAGCUGGAGCAGAUGCGCUCGCGACAAGAGUCUUGGUCGCAGCCGGGGACCGGCGAGGAGAUCGAGACGCAGGCUCGCUCGCGGAUGACGGCGCUCGCGUCCCUGAAGCGCAACGCCAGCGGCAGGCGGCGGAGCGUGUCCGAUGACGGCGCUAGCACACCUCCCACGCCCCCCGCCGCCGCCGCUGCGGGCGCGCCCGCGCCGCCGGAGGGCUCGCUCAGCGGGUCGGGCUCGCAGCCGCCUGCGGUGCGCUUCGGCCCCGAGGACUACGACUGGAGCGAAAUGGACCAUUACUUGCGCCACGUCAACAUGCCAACAGCAUUCGACACGCCGUCCGUGUCCCACGCGAACUCCCUGCACGGCUCGGCCGCCACGUCGGGCGCCACGGCGACAAAGGCGGACCCGGACCCCGCGAACUCGGCGAGGGCACCGCCGCGCCCCUCGCCGCUCGGCCUGGCGCUGCCGCUGCCGGCGCCGACGCCGGCAAACGAGAUCACGAGCCCGACGGCGCGUUCGCGGCCGAUGAUCCUCCCCCAGCGCAGCAACGCGAAGUCGCACUACAGCUCCGCGCACAGCGGAGCGGGCGACGCGCCUGGCCCCGGGCUGCCGCCUGACGUGCCCGACGCCAGUACGAGCGUGCUGCGGGCCAGCAUCGAGGCACCCAGGCCGGCUGCGCCGGCGGCGCAGGAGCGGAAGGCCGGGUUCUUCCAGCGCAUGGUGUCAUCGGGAAAAGAGAAGGCACGAAAGCCGUCCAAAAAGGGGGGCAGGAGCCCCGCUGCGUCAUCGCACGAGGGCUCCGCGCGCUCGGGGCGGUCCGAGAAGGGCCGCCGCAAGUCGAGGGACGGGCGGCGGAAGUCCGAGAAGGGCCGGAAGAAGCGCGGCAUUCUGCGCAAGUCGACCGACGCCGAGCGCCCGCGCCCGCGCGCCUCGCCGCCGCAGCCGGGGCGCAAGAGCUCCAACACGACGUUCCAGGAGGGCGUCGAGGUGCUGCUGCCGGACGGCUCGAAGGACUUCGAGCAGCUCUCCGGGGAACCGGUGUCGCGGAGCAGCCUCUCGCAGCGCCCGAACGUCCGCUUCUCCCUGUCGCAGCGCGACGGGGAGGACGCCGACGCGCCUGUCGACCCGCUGCGGUCGCUCCCGCUGCCGUCCGUGGAGGAGCAGCCCGGGACUGGGGUCCCGCACGACGGCGCGGGGUCGAGCAACCCGGUGACGCCGAAGCGGACCACGCGGCCGCGCGUGAUGUCAGAAAUGCGGUCGCUGGUGUCCAAGGGGUCCGGGGGCAGUGCGUUGCAGAGCGCGAGGCGGUCGGAGAUAUUCCCGUCGGAGAACGGGAGCGAGAAGGGGAGUUCGCACGCGGGCCGGCCGGGUGAGCUGCAGCGCGUGGGUAGCAGCAAGGUCAAGGGCGGUAGGGCCAAGGCGCAGCUGACGAAGGCGGAGUCGAAGCUCGGGAAGGCGUUUGCGAAGCUCAAGAACAAGCGCAGGGACCGGCUGGAGGCGAAGGAGGACGCGCAGGAGCCGAUGCAAGUGCAGAGUCGUGCCAAGUCGCUGUUCGAUGUGGGCAUGCUGCGACGCAAGUCGAAGCCGAAGGUGGCCGAGGACCCCACGAUAGCGGCUUUGAAGGAGCUCAAGGCCGGGGGCGCGCGGAACCGCUCGUUCGCGGGCUUCAUGCGCCGCGACGUGUUCAACAACAGCUCCGGGGGUCUGCGGCGGCAGGCUACGGACAAGGUCUCCAUGGUCGAGGAGGAGGGCGAGGGGGAGCCCGGGGGCUCGUCGGCGGGCCAGCGCGCGAGCACGCAGCAGUCGGGGCGCGGGCCGAGGCAGACGGCCGAUUGGUUCCGAUCGCACAUUCGCAAACUGCCCUUCAUGGAUGACAUCCGGCGCUUCUAUGAGGAGACGUACACGCACGUGUCGCACAUCGAGCGGAUGUACUGGAGCCAGGAGGCCGCGGAGGGCCUCGCGCGCAUGCGCAGGAAGCAGGACGGCCUGCGCAUUCUGCUUGGACUGGGCACGGGGUCUUCGCCAAAGAUUGAUCUGGCGCCGGCGGCGUCGCUGAUCAGCCGGUGCUGGCACUCGUUCGUCGCGGUGAUGCGCGUGCCGGAGCUGGAGGAGCUGCUGCUGUGGAUGGUCGAGAACUACCAGACGGAGAUCGGGAAGAUCGCGCAGGACAACGCGCGCGCCGACAAGGGCCUGUCGCGGCUGCGCGACCGCACGCGCGGCCUCGUGGACCGCGCCCGGCUCGCCAUGGGCGGAAACGAGCGCCACCGCCAGGGCAGCGUGACCGUCGUGCAGGUCCUCGAGUGCAUGGUCGACCUCGCCUGCGUGGUCCGCAAAAAGCACGCCUACCAGGCCGUGGGCACGUACGUAUUGCAGCUGCUGUCUUCGCUCGGGUUCGACAUAUCUGAGAACCAGCCGGAAGACGGGCAGCCCCUGGAGAUCUCCGCGACGCAGCAGGACGUGUCCGAGGAGUGCGUCAUGCUCCUCAUGGCCGCGGGGCGCCUGUACAUGGGGAUGGGCCGCCUGGACAGCGCGCUGACGUGUCUGCUGGCCGCGUCGGAGAACGGCAAGGAGAUCUUCGGCCCAACGCACCCCGUGCCCCUCGGCGCGCUGCUCCUGGCCGCCGAGGCGCAGGCGGGGCUCGGAGACUACUCGUACAUGUCUGCGGCGCUCACGGAGGUCCUCGAGUUGUGCCGGUCGACGAUGCGCGGGUCCGCGGUGGAGCGGCGCAGCGAGGCGACGCGGAAGCUAGUGCAGGCGCUGCGCCUCGACGUGCGCCACACGAUCAUCACGGAGGGCAGCGUCGCCGGCGCGGAGAGGGCGGAGAAGGCGCUGGUGGAACUGAAGACCGUGUUCGGCCCGCACCACCCGGAGUCGUCGUCGCUGCUGGGGUUCCUGGCGGGGUCGAAGGAGCCGCGCGCGAUCGCGGCGCUGCCGGACCGCAUCCGGGACGCGAUCGACGGCGUGGGCCGGAUUCUAGGCACGCAGCGGCACGUGCGCGUCGCCUCGCUGCGAACGUGGCUCGCCGGGGCGCUCGCCGCGGGCGGGGACGUCGAGCAAGCUCACGAGCACGCGACCACCGCGCUGGAGGUCGCGCGCAGCUGGCUGGGGCCGCAGCACCCGGACGUGGCGGAGUUCAUGGCGGUGUGCGCCGCGACGGGCCCGCCGGAGCAGCGCGUGCCGACGCUGACGGCGGCGCGCGACAUCAAGGUCGUGGAGCUCUGGAACCACCCGGACAGCCUCAGCCUCAACCUCCAGCUCGCCGACGCGCAGUUCGUGGCCGGGAACGUCGACGAGGCCCUCGUCUCGUACGAGCGCGCGCAGCACUUUGUACAGACACGGGUCUUCCCGGCGCGGCGGCACCCGUCCGUCGCGGUCAUCCUGCGGCACAAGGCCAUCGUCCACCUGUCCGUCGGCGCCGCGGAGGAGGCGCACGCUGCGCUGGAGGAGGCGUUCGGGAUCCUGAAGGGCACUGUUCCCGCCAACUGCCCCACGCUGGUCGCCGUGAGGGAGCUGCUCGGGAUGCUGCUGCGCGUGGACGAGCACGAUGGCAACAGCAAGGCCGAGCAGGAAGAGAAGGACGCCGGCCGGAACCCGCUGCGCGGCUCGAGUUCGAAGGGCGCCAGUUUCUGGAAGCGCGUCACGAAGCCGGAACGCGCACGCAUGCUCUCCGGCGCGUCCGACAUGACGCUCAUGGAUCAUACGACCAGGAAGUCGCACAGCUUCACGCGGGCGUCCGGCACGGACGACGCCGCCGCGCAGCCCGCGAAGCCGGGGCUGUUCAAGCGCGCCUCGAACCGGCUGUUCGGGGUAGCGAAGCGGCGCUCGAUGCGCCCGUCGGGGGAUGAGCUGUCUCAUCCGAGUCGGUCGCCGUCCGACAUGGUCAACGCGAGCGCCAGCAGCGGGAUGACUCUCAGCGGCCCGAGCCAGUCCAGAUCGAGCCGGUCGAGGCCGGAACUGCGCGCCGCGCCGCUGUCGCAGUCGCAUACGUCACUGCAUUAG